AUGUGGAAGACGAAUGAGUGGUUCUUCUUCAUCCUGUGCUCUUUGGCUGGGAAAUGGGUGCUGUGGAGCAGAUUCCAUCUGCAAGUUGUUCUUCACUUACACUGCUUCUACAUCAGUGAUGACUGUGCAACUAUUAAUAUUGAAAGCAGAUAUUGCCCUUUUGGUGUUCUGAGUCACAAUGUUUCAUUUCCAUUUGUUUUCUACACUGUUAAUUUGCGAGCACAAAAACUUCUUUGGAGGCUGAACUUCUCAGCAAGCUUGAUUUUAGCAGAAGUCUGUAAAGCACUUGUUGAGGAAAAGGCGUCCUUCUGAAGGAAAAUGCCAUUCAGAGAACCCAACUGCACAGAGUACAUCACACAGAACCACCGCAUCACCUGUGCCCUCGCAGCUGAGGAGGCCGCCUGCACCCCCUACCUCAUGACAUUGCACAAAGAGUCUGAGACCUUCAAGCUUUUCUUCAGGGAGCUGUUCAUGCUCCAGAAUGUCUACCAUGUUCAUGUGGAUGUUAUUAAGGAGCCAAUUCCCUUCCAGCAGGCAGCACACUUUCUCAGCGCCUCUCUCAUUUCCUGGGCAAAGAGGGUGGUCUGGGACAGCACCUCCCACCCGUGGGCUGACCUCCACUGCAUGAGAGACCUGUUGGCCUUGGCUGUGCCCUAGUGCUAUCUGCUCAACAUCUGUGGUCAGGACCUCUCCUUGAAGCACAACAGGGAAAUUAUCCAGCUGCUGAAGAACCUUGAGGGCAAGGACAUCACACCCAGGAUGCUGCCACCUCCCCAUGUCACCACCUGCACCAAAUAUGUGGGCAGGGAGCAAUUUUACUCUUCUUUCAUGCUGUGGACAUUUUUGUGCAGAUGUCCUCUGACCAUCUGUUUUGGCUCUGUGUCCAUGGCCAUCACCUGGCUCUUUGUGGGGUUUGUGCUGCAGAACGAGCGUGUUCUCCAUCUGCUGGUGUGGCCCAAGGACACCAACAGCCCUGAGGGGCACUUCUGGGUGAUGCCCUGCAGGAUCCCAGGUAAGGAAGAAGUUCUUUGCUGUGGUGGUGAUGUGGCAAAGGAACAGGCUGCCCAGAGAAGUGAUGAAUGGCUCAUCCCGGGCAGUGUUCAAGGCCAGCAGGAUGGGGCUUUGAGGAACCUGGUCAAGUGGAAAUUUCAGAAGUCCCAGGAUCCAUGGCCAGCACAUGAUGGGGAGGUGGAAGUGGUGAAGUGGAUUGAUAUGGAAGAGAGCCAUGGAGGUUGUCAUGGUAAUGUGUACAUUUUUCUCCAUUUUUUCUUCCUGUACUAG